AGCCCUCUCCCCCUCAGCUGGAGCCCAUUUCUUGCUCUGAAGUCUCACGGUGGGGAAAGCAGGGAUGAAGCUACUCUUUGCAGCUGCUUUUGCACUCUUUGUGCUGUCUGCGUUUGACCAGGCAGAGUCCUCAGCUUAUGACAAGAUAGUUGCCCACAGCCGUAUUAGAGCAAAGAAAGAAGGACCAAAUGUGUGCGCUCUCCAGCAAGUCGUGGGGACAAAGAAGAAAUACUUUAGCACGUGUCGUAAUUGGUACCAACGGGCCAUCUGUGGAAAGAAAGCAAUCGUGUUGUAUGAGUGUUGCCCAGGUUACAUGAAGCUGGAAGGCAUGCACGGCUGUCCUGCAGUUGCUCCCAUUGACAACGUUUAUGGCACCCUCGGCCUGGUCAAAGCCACAACAACCCAGGACUACUCUGCUCUAUCCAAACUACGGGAGGAGAUUGAAGGCGCUGGGUCAUACACUUUCUUCGCCCCCAGUAAUGAUGCUUGGGAUCUUCUUGAUCCGGAGAUAAGGAGUGCUCUGGUGAGCAAUGUUAAUAUUGAGCUGUACAAUGCUCUCCACUACCACAUGGUCAACAAACGUCUCCUUACCAAAGACCUCAAGAACGGAAUGACCGCCACCUCCAUGUACAACGACUUGAACCUGCUCAUCAAUCAUUACUCCAAUGGGGUUGUCACAGUGAACUGUGCCAGGAUCAUUCACGGCAACCAGGUGGCCACCAACGGAGUGGUCCAUGUCAUUGACCGCGUCAUUACGGCCGUUGGCAACACUAUUCAGGAUGUUAUCGAAGUGGAUGAUGACCUGAGUACUUUGAGUACUGUGGCUAUAGCAUCUGGUUUGAUUGAGAAGCUGGGUCAGCCGGGACAGUUCACCCUGUUCGCCCCAACCAAUGAUGCUUUUGACAAGCUGGAUAGAGAGGUUUUGGACAGGCUUAUGGAAGACAAGAAUUCCCUCCAAGCUCUCUUCAACUACCAUCUGUUGAACUCUGUUCAGUGCUCUGAGGCCAUCAUGGCCGGCACAUCUUAUGAGACCCUGGAGGGCAGCAAUAUUGAGAUUGGCUGUGAUGGAGAUAGUCUCACAGUCAACGGCAUCAAGAUGGUACUCAAGAAGGACAUCGUCACCACCAAUGGAGUCAUCCACCUCAUCGAUCAAGUCCUCAUGCCUAACUCUGCUAAACAGGUUAUGGAGUUGGUUGGACAAUCUCAGGGCACCUUCAGCGACAUGUUGACAGAGCUGGGCUUGUCUGCAGCCAUGAGACCCCAGGCUGAGUACACACUUCUGGCGCCACUUAACACAGCCUUCAACGAUGAGGUGAUGUCCAUGGACCAGAGCUUCCUGAAGAUCAUUCUGGAAAACCACAUCCUGAAGAAUAAGAUUGUGCUGAGUCAGCUGUACAAUGGUCAGCGUCUGGAAACACUCGCAGGGAAAUUUCUCAGAGUCUUCGUCUACCGCACAGCUGUCUGCAUUGAGAACGCCUGCUUGAUCCGUGGAAGCAAAGAGGGAAGUAACGGUGCCCUCCAUCUUAUGAAGACCCUGAUCAUGCCAGCAGAGUCAAGCAUGUACCAACUUCUGGUGAAAAACGGAGGCUUCAAGAUCUUUUUGUCCCUGAUGGAGACAGCUGGUCUGACUGAUCUGCUCAAACAGGAAGGAGAUUUCACAGUCUUUGCUCCUACAGAUGAGGCUUUUGCUGGGCUCAGUGACAGAGACUUGUCUCUUUUGAAGAGGGACGUUAACGCCCUCAGAGCCAUCCUGCUCUAUCACUUCAGUAACGGCAUCUUCAUCGGUGGAGGCUUGGAGACUGGAGUCACUAACCUCCUGAAAACUCUCCAGGGCAGCAAUUUGAAGGUGUUGUAUGCAAAUGAGGGCAUGCAGGUCAACACUGUGAAAGUUCCUGAUUCUGAUCUAAUGGCCACAAAUGGAGUAAUUCAUGUCGUCAGGACUCUUCUGUACCCUGAGGAUAUACCAGUUGGGAGCCAGGACCUCCUUUCACUCCUGAGAAGGAUCAUCCGACACAUCCACAUUAAGUUUGUCUCUGGAUACAGAUAUCAGGAGAUCCCUCUGACAUUUAUAAAAAGAGUCAUCACAGUCCAGGGAGAGCCCACCAUCACCAAGGUGACACGGGUUAUUGAGGGUGAUCCGAGAAUUACAAAGGUUACCCGUGUGAUUGAUGGUCAACCCUCUAUCACUACCAGAGUCCUUCAAGGUCCUGAAUAUUCAGUCAGCAGCUCCAACGAUAUGGAGCUUUAUGGUUUUGGCGAGGAUCCUGAAGACAUCACUAAAUUAAUUCAAGAGGGAAGAACGCCUGGAAGAAGACCAGGAGUACCCCGGAGGAGAACCUAGAUCAAGACCAGCCACAGUGAGCACAAGUAGAAAACAAGUGCUGAAGAGUAUAGCAAAUACUUCCUUCAUUUACUUGCGCAGUGGUCCAGAAUCUACCAGGUUGGAGUUGAGUUUAAGACAAAAGAAAAACAAACUCAAUACUGAUCAUUCCUGUUGCCCCAGAGAAAAUAGAUGAUUUUGUUCAAGUACAUUUGGUCCAAACAGGGAUACGAAAUUUUCCAUAUGUGUAUGGAAAUAUUUUAAGCUUUCUCUCUUCUAAAGUGUGGUUUGAAAAAUCAUAGUUUCAUGAAAAAGUGAUCAUAUGUGACAUGAUACACAAAAUCAGAUGAUUUUGUGUUACAAUGAUUCAGAAACACUUGUACAACUGUGCAUUACGUGUGGCGUUACGGUACACUUGAGGCAUACAAACAAAAAAAAUGGAAGCGCUCAUAUGAAAUACAUGGUGUAGGGAACUGUUGCCUUAAACCUGUAACAUGAAUUUAUUUUUCUGGGGUACAGUUUACCGUUGCAUGGACAAUGAUUUUAUGGUGCUCAUGUUUAGAUGGUGUAAAAUCUAAAAUAAAAAUAGAAAUUGUUGCAUUGUUUUGUUAUAGAAUCUCAAAUCUUUUUUUAAGGUUUUUAUUUUUUUAUUUUUUUUAUUUUUUCUUGUGGGACAGAGGUUUGAUCGAUCUUCUUUAGUGUUUUGUGUGUGUCUUUAAGUGUGCCCAUUUUGCAUAAACUGUGCACAAAUGUGCUGAACCAUGCAUGCUUUGAAAACUCAAAGCUUUGUCUCAAACUGAAUUUUCAUGUUUCCAGUCCAAAUUUAUUUCAGCAUAAACAGGUUUUGGAUCCUUUGCUUUUAUUUCUCAAUUUGUAUAAUAAACUCAACUUUUAGACAUGGAA